AUGAGCACGAUAGGAAGCACACGGAAUUUUUCAUCAGUAUCCCUACAAAGUCUCCCUGAGGAAGGGUUCAACGAACUCUCCUUGGAGGACGACAAGGUGUUUAUGGAAGAUAAACGGGGAGCCAAGCACACUAAGCAUCCUUCUCCGUCAAGUCUGCUGAAUGGACGUUCGAAGAGUUAUACCAGCGUCAGAAGGCUGGGCUCCAAUACACAGAUAAAUAGUGGACUAGGAAUUAAGGUACGGCGUCCUGAUGUUACCGGUACUUUGAAGAGAAGUACAUCUGGUGUCGAAAGUGAAGAUUCAGAAUGCUCUCGGUCGAAUACUUCCAUCGACACAGCUUCAUUAACCAUGACCACCUUAGCUUCAAAUGAUCCACCACCUUUGGCCAACAGGCCUUUCUACUCCAGAGUGGCUCACUCAACUCCAGUAUUAGUUACUAUGAAGUCGAAACCUAAACCAAAACCAGUGUCAAGGAGGAAGUCACAAAUGGAAGCCGAAAAGAUCCCAGUCAGUUUUUCUGAUGAUGAAAUUCCUGAUGAUCAACUCAUGUACAAUGUUCCUGUGACCAAUGGAUGCGCUCUUUCUUUCUAUGGAUCAAACAAUAUGCCAGCAAAAAUAGUUAAGCUGGCUUUACAAAGCGUAGACGAUCUUCAAAGUAUGCCUCCGUCUCCUCUCCCAGGAAGAUUAGAACAAUUCAGCGAUGGAAGCGAACCUUCCACACCCACAAUAGAGAAUUAUGAAAGGAAGUUUCAUGCCCUGUCUCCGGAAGCCAAGAAUUUAACUAAAUUUUAUGAGAAUAGUUCUACGAAUUUUGUUCAAAAUGAGCUUUUGAAGAGAAAAGAAUACAACAAGCUAAAACUCCCAAGCGGAAGCGAAACUGUGGAAGAUGCAGGAUUAGAGAAGCUAGACCUUAUAUCUAAAGAAAAGCUGGAUACAUUGUGCAAAACUAGGCCGUUAUGGUUACCGCCCAAGAGUUUCAAAGAGGCCAAGAGGCAUGAGAAGCAGGCCUCUGCCAUGCUUGAUUCUGCUGCAAGAAAGCAAAAAAGGAUGGUUUCUAUCAGGCGCCAAAGUGAGCGUGAUUUAUUAAUAUGGAAGGAGAGAUUACCGUAUAUACUCAGUCACGAAACAUGGAAAUCAAGUUACAAGAAUGAAGUGGUCAAAAACACAUGGAAAUUCCCCAUACAGGAUGAAUUGAAAAGUCAAGUCUGGAUAAAGUUUUUGACGGACAUGAAAGGAGAUAAAGUGGUGCCUGAAAAAUAUCAAGAGUAUGAUGACUUAAUCAAGAUGGACCAUUUGAUAUUGAAGAAACUUCCAAAGGAUAUUUCUGAGGAAUCUAUGAAGAGGUUAAAUCAGAUUCUUACAGCAAGAUCGAAAAGUAAUCAAGAUCUGAAAAAUGGUGAUGAAACUAUAAUUGCUACUAUUUUCCUUCUACCUGGAUUUUCCAAUAAUGACGUAUUUGAGAUAAUGAGACUUCUUAAUGCAAAUCUCCGUAGCGGGGCGUUUGUCAGCAAGUUUGACAGAAAGGUUUCCAAGAUAGUUUCUUUCAUUAAACACCGAGUUGCCAAGGAUCAAUAUACAACAUUUAAGACGCAAUCUUCUGAAGUGUUAAACUUCCAGUUUAUAUUCAACGAAUUACUUUUGAAUCAUUUUUCCAAGGAUGACAUGAUUCGAAUCUUGGAGUUAUUUAUUUUGACAGAGGAUUAUCGAUUGCUUUACGCAUUAUUUAUCACAGUUUAUUUGCACUAUCAUUAUGGUUUUAGCCAAAUCUCUGAUUUGCUAUCUAAAGAGAAUCAAAAUUUCACGAUUGAAGUGGACUCUAAAUUUUGGGAACGGUUGUAUUAUUAUUAUUCAAAGGUUUGA